UUCCUACCAGUGCCUCAAAGAAAAGAUAAAUUCAGUCUCAGAUUUCAGAUUCAUUCAAUAGUAGGGGUCUCUAAGGAGUGUGGUAACCCUUCUCAGGUUGUGCAGAUGAUACGACGGUUUAAGACGGUGCAGAACAGUGGAGGUGGGGAAGGAGGAAGACAAAGGAGAGCUUCUCUUGCUAUGCUGGGUACAGGAUGAGUUUGAUAGACCUUGAUCAAGGCAUAGGUGGCAACAGUCAAGGAUUGGCCAGCAACCCAGGGGCGUGGCCCUCACAUGAGGCCAGGGUGGAACUAGAGGGCCAAGAGCUGGUCCUAUAAAACAGAGAGGACACCUUCCCUCCAGCCUAGGGCCACAGUCCCUGGGCUAGGAAAGCUGAGGUGGUAUAGGGAGGCUGUAGCAUUAUGUCUAAAGGCCUCCACUCACAGAAAACCCUCCCACUCUACCCUCCGAAGUCGUGUACUCGCUCAGCCUUCCUUCUGCUGGUAUUUCUCUUAACUGCUACAAAUCCCUCUGGUUCUUCCUCACAACCCUUCUUUCUUCCUGAACUUGUUCAGGAAAGGUGGCCACAACCCUUUCCUGAUCAUGUUCGGCCUCAGUGCACUCUCCAGUUCCUGCCCUUCUGUACCUCAGGUCUGUGUGGGAGGCAGAGAUUACACAAAGCUUCCAGAGAGGGCCCUGGUUGUUAUGGCUUCACCUACUAGAUCAAAUCCGGGCCCACAGCAGGGCUCAGAAUUUGCCUCUUUGCUGCGCCCCUUUCAACCUGCACACCAAGGGCCUCUGGGUGCAGCAGCCCACGUGGAGGGAUCAUCCAUCUCACUUGGAGCCCUUCCCACCUGUCAGUCUUCCUCACUUUCUGUUGCAUAAACCCCACCCUCAUCCCCCUGGCUGCACUUCUGCUAGGAUAGUCAGACCUCACACCCAUGCCCUGGCGACAAUGAGGGUGUGGUAGCACCUCCAGGUGAGGUCUUUGUACUGGCUCACCUGUGUGGCUGUCUUGUUCCAGUCACCACCACUGUGAAUGGCUAAUCCCCUUUCAGGUCCUGAUUGCCUGGACCUCUUGUCUCCAGAGGCAAGGACACAAGGCCCAAGUGACCCCUCCUCAGGUUUUCAACCAGCUUCCAUGUCCCAGCAUGGCCCCUUAAAGUGAACCAUGACUGUCUGUGGGACACUCACCACUGAUCAUCCAGAGUCGCAUCUCACCAGGAGGUGACCUGUCCUCCACCCUCCACCUGCCCCCGCCUGGGAAAGCGCUGCAGCUGCCACGGACACCAUGUAGUAGGGCCGGCUGCGGCGCCCAGUGAGCUGCAAUGGUUUUGUACACGACCCCCUUUCCUAACAGCUGUCUGUCUGCCCUCCACGCUGUGUCCUGGGCCCUCAUCUUCCCAUGUUACUGGCUGGUGGACCGGCUGGUCGCCUCCUUCAUACCCACCACCUAUGAGAAGCGCCAGAGGGCAGAUGACCCUUGCUGCCUGCAGUUGUUCUGCACCGUACUCUUCACGCCAGUCUACCUGGCUCUGCUCGUGGCUGCGCUGCCUUUUGCCUUUCUUGGGUUCAUCUUCUGGUCUCCACUGCAGUCUGCCCGCCGGCCCUACUCCUACUCCCGGCUAGAAGACAAGAGCCCAGCUGGUGGGGCAGCCCUGCUUAGUGAAUGGAAGGGCACAGGGGCUGGCAAAAGCUUUUGCUUUGCCACAGCCAAUGUCUGCCUCCUCCCUGACUCGCUCGCAAGGCUCAAUAAUGUUUUCAACACCCAAGCCCGGGCCAAAGAGAUAGGGCAGAGAAUCCGCAAUGGGGCCGCCCGGCCUCAGAUCAAAAUCUACAUCGAUUCCCCCACCAACACCUCCAUCAGUGCAGCCAGCUUCAGCAGCCUGGUGUCGCCGCAGGGCAGUGAUGGGGCCAGAGCUGUUCCUGGGAGCAUUAAGAGGACAGCCUCUGUGGAAUACAAGGGAGAUGGUGGGCGUCACCCCAGCGAUGAGGCUGCCAAUGGCCCAGCCUCUGGGGAACAGGCUGAUGGAAGCCUUGAGGACAGCUGCAUUGUGCGAAUUGGUGGUGAGGAAGGAGGCCGGGCACAGGAAGCUGAUGACCCUGCUACUGGGAGCCAAGCCAGGAAUGGGGCUGGUGGGACCCCAAAGGGCCAGACGCCCAACCACAAUCAGCGGGACGGGGAUUCUGGGAGCCUGGGCAGCCCCUCCGCCUCCAGGGAGUCCUUGGUGAAGGCACGGGCUGGACAAGACAGUGGUGGCAGCGGAGAGCCAGGCAGUAACAGUAAGCUGCUGUAUAAGACCUCUGUGGUGAAGAAGGCAGCAGCCCGCAGGAGGCGCCACCCUGAUGAAGCCUUCGACCAUGAGGUCUCAGCCUUCUUCCCAGCCAACCUGGACUUCCUGUGCCUGCAGGAGGUGUUUGACAAGCGUGCAGCUGCCAAGUUGAAAGAGCAGCUACAUGGCUACUUCGAGUACAUCCUGUAUGAUGUUGGGGUCUAUGGCUGCCAUGGUUGCUGCAAUUUCAAAUGUCUCAACAGCGGUCUCUUCUUUGCCAGCCGCUACCCUGUUAUGGACGUGGCCUAUCACUGUUACCCCAAUGGGUGCAGCUUCGAUGCCCUGGCCUCUAAGGGAGCUCUGUUUCUCAAGGUGCAGGUGGGAAGCACACCUCAGGACCAAAGAAUUGUUGGGUACAUCGCCUGCACACACCUGCAUGCCCCACCAGAGGACAGUGCCAUCCGGUGUGAGCAGCUGGACCUGCUUCAGGACUGGCUGGCUGAUUUCCGAAAAUCUACCUCCUCGACCAGCACAGCCAACCCCGAGGAGCUGGUGGUGUUUGACGUCAUCUGUGGAGAUUUGAACUUUGAUAACUGCUCUUCUGAUGACAAGCUGGAGCAGCAGCAUUCACUGUUUACUCGCUACAAGGACCCCUGCCGCCUGGGGCCUGGGGAGGAAAAGCCUUGGGCCAUUGGCACCCUGCUGGACAUAAACGGUCUCUAUGAUGAGGAUGUGUGUACCCCAGACAAUCUUCAAAAGGUCUUGGAGAGUGAGGAAGGCCGCAGGGAGUAUCUGGCCUUUCCCACCAGCAAGAGCCCAGGGGCUGGACAGAAGGGACGGAAAGAUCUGCUGAAGGGCAAUGGCCGCCGCAUCGACUACAUGCUGCACGCUGAAGAGGGGCUGUGCCCUGACUGGAAGGCUGAGGUGGAAGAAUUCAGUUUUAUCACCCAGCUGUCCGGCCUGACCGACCACCUCCCCGUGGCCAUGCGGCUGAUGGUGUCUGCAGGGGAAGAGGAGGCGUAGACCAGCCAUGCCACUGAUCUCAAGCAGUGGGGCCUCUGCCAGCCCUUCAAGCCACAGCCCAUGUCUGGCUGUGUCCCCUCCACUGAGCACCUAGUGCUGGGGGGAGGAGGGCAGGGGCAGGGAAGAGCGAGCCCACCAAUCCCCUGCAAGCCUGCAAGCCAGGCUGCUCUGUGCCUCUGGGCCAUCUCUACGGACAGAGGACUUGGGCCAGCCUGGGAGCCCUGGCUGCUCUGUGCCUCUGGGCCAUCUCUGCGGACAGAGGACUUGGGCCAGCCUGGGAGCCCCAGCCCUCUGACCAGUGCCAUUCUUUCCAGUCACGAUUUUCUACAAAAAUACACAGCACAACACAGUUUGUAACCCAAGGGUUCGUAUGAGGACCGGGUUUAUGUUCUCUUUGUAUCUCUUCUCGAGCUUUGUCCAGGGUUCAUCGCUUUUGUCUGCUGCCAAUGUUGUCUCGCAUGCCUGCACCCUCGCAUGCCUGCUGCCCGCAUGCCGUGUGCCACACUGUAGCACCCACCUAGACUCCUUGCUCGGGCCUCACCUAAGGCCAAACUCAAAACACAAAACAAUCAGAACCAGCCAAAGAAGCACUUCCUGGGCACAGUUGCCAUCUCCCCUCCAGCUCGGUGGGGUGUGACUGACGGCUGUCAUUACCUGCCAGCCCAGGCCUCUUCCCAGGGUCUUGCAUUCAAGGGCGACUACAUUUUAAGAUGAAAACAGAAAACGUUAAACACAAAAUCACCCUUCGGUUAGGGUCUGUAAGUCACUGGGUAGAACUGUGCUCUUCCCCGGCCUACACAGAGGGUCCAGCUGGCUCUGGCCACCCCAGCAGCUCCUGUAGGGGACUGACACCAGCUGUGGGGCCCUAGCAGGAAAUCCCAGAGGGAUCACUUUUGUACAGGAAGGGGACCCAGAGCAUGGGGGGAGGGUUCAGAUUUUGAAGACGACAGGUUUGUAGCUUCUUCCUACCCAGUAUGUCCUCUUCCAUGGGGCCCCUGGGGUUACCCUCUUCCUGAGGACUUCCCCCAUCCAUGUGUGGCUGAGCUCAGGAACACUUGCCUGCCCCAAGUCAGGUUGCACCUCUGGCCUCCCAGGCCCACCCUUCCUCAGUGGCUAACCUGAAUGAAGUGGCAGGAAACCGAGAUAUAGAGAAUGGCUUCGUCACCACUGAAAGCUCAGGUGGCCAGCCAACAGCUGCUCCUUGUCUAGGGCAGGGCUGAUUCCAGACAACAUCCACAAGCCACUCUUGCCACUGUGACUAGAGCCAGCCCCAAGCUCAGCACAGUCAGGCUGCUAGAAGCCCCCUGCUCUCCACCUGUCCUGCUCAGGUGCCCAAGAGCACACUGACUCCGCCAGCCUCCCUUCAGAGAGCAGAGGCUGAUCCCUGACUACAAAAGGAAGAUAGUCUGUCUCAGGCUGCUGAGCCACUGAUUUGAGGGACUUCUGAUAUCCCUGAUGGUCUCUUCAAAGUCCUUUGAUCUUGUAUCUGGCCUGGCUCAAGGCCAACUCCGCCUUGUGAUGGAGGGAGCAUCGGGCCCCUGCUGUUGGGACCUCUAAAAUGCUGGUGCCCUGAAGCUGUGCCUUGUCACCCAUUGAGUAGCAAGAGGAAUCCAGAGAGGCACACAUUUAACAGAUGCCAGGCCCUGUGCUGAGUGGAUCCUUCAGAGUAUGGCAGCUUGGCAUUAGGGCAUUUACAGCUGGUGACACUGGCCUCUUAACCUCUUGGCCUAGAGAACCCUGCCCAUGUUCGAGUGUCCAGAGCUAGGACAGCCUUGCUGGGCUCUCUGCUAUGCCCCUCUUCUGCCAGGGCCUGACCUCCCAGGAAUCUGGGAGGUCCUCAUGGAAUGAAAGGUCCCUACUCCUGGAAACAACCAAGAUUCUAUUCAUUCAAGGCACCAUUGGGCAGGCCUAACCCCUAAACCAAUGGCACUGUGUACAAGGAGAGUAGAUGAGGCCAAGGCCACGGCUGGGGUCCCUAAACCUGGGUUAGGGUAAAACGUUUGGAGUCAGAGCCGCAUCCUUCUCUCCUUCCCAACUCCCAGGGCGGCCUUAGGCAAGUCAAACAGCCUUGUGCCUCUGUUAUUACAAGGUCACCUCUACACAGUCAGGUUCUGGAGCCCAGAGGAGGGACAGCCUGCUUUCAGGUCCCCUACACUUCUCGGCACUGAGGCCAUGACCAUCCGCCACAGUUCACUGUGGUUUGCCUGUGGACUCAGGGCUCGUGUACUGCCAGGCCUUUCUAUUUCAACUUUUAAAACAGAAGAGACAUUGCCAGGAUUCCAGAUUCUGUGACAAGGCCGACACAGGGGCAGUCACAGGGACCACUUGAAUCCUAACCGGCUCUGCCUGUCCAGGACCUCUCAAGGAAACAUAGAUAAGUGUAUUAGUUUAGGAAAGACCAUUCAGUUCAUCUUUAUUUGUCCAAAACCACCUGGAGUUUUAAGUAUGAAUAUUAACCUUGAUGCUUUUUAACUAUUGUAUUAACUUGCUCAGAUUUAGAAAUACUGUUUUAAAAGAAAACGAAGAAACUUUUUUAAUUUCUGUAUUUUUUUCUGUAUUGUAUCCUCAUGGGACAUUAGGGGUUUUAUAUGGUAAGACACCCAAGGUUUUGGUAAAACAUUAUCAAAUAUAUAUCCAGACGAUUCUUCCCUAGAAGAAAAAACAAUCUUUAUGCCUGAUUUUAAAAAGUUGAAAAGAGGUGGAUUUUUCCUUUAUGGUGCUGAAAGGAAGGAUGGAGAAUGAGGAGAAAAUAAAACUGUGAGGCUCA